AUGCCACAAGAAAUCGCAAUCCGCCGUUUCGCGAAAGCGAUGCACGUCGUCUACGGCAACUAUGACAAACUGUCCGACGCCGACGCCGAAAGGUGGGUCCCGCCCGAUGAUCCCGGAGCCGGAGGCCACCGCGGCCGGUACCUCUGGACGGACGCUUUCGGCGUCGUGAAUUUGAUUACUCUUUUUGAAGCAACGACUACACAAAAGUACUUGAUCUUGGCGAGGCGGCUCGUUCAUACUGUUCAUGAUGUGCUCGGCCGCACGAGAGAUGGGUCAGCGAGACUUCCUGGUGCGACGGAUGAAGAGCCGCUGAAGGGUGGGUUGAGAAUAGGCAAGAUGGAUGCGUCGGGGAGUGACGGAGAUGGUCAGUAUCAUCAUUAUCUGACCCUCUGGAUGUUUUCCUUGAACCGUCUUUCAUGGGCGACCGGAGAUCCCUCCUUCAACGAUUUGGCGAUUCAGCUUGCAAGAUCGAUCCAUCCUCACUUUGUCUUUCGGUCAUCGAACAGAUUGAAGAUGGUCUGGAAGAUAUCCAUGGACAUGCAAAAGGUUCUGGUACCAUCUGAAGGCCACCUGGACGCCGCGACGGGCUACGCCAUCUACCGAAUGAUUCAGGAGGCGGCAGUGAGACAAGGUCGAAAAGAUCAACUCCUCAAACAAGAGAUCAGCGACUACGAGCAGAUAAUGAGCCGAAAGGGCUCCGUGAAUCCAAGUGGCGAUCCACUGGACUUGGGAAUGGGACUGUGGAUCGCACACUUCUACCAGAACGAAGAGUGGGCAGACACCUUCACCGAGGAGGCGCUGGAACUUGCCGACCAGAUCUUUGACGGCGACUCUGCGGAUAUGAGCGGCAGUGCUUCCCACAGAUUGGCGUUUAGGGAGUUUGGCGCUUGCUUGGGAGUUCAGUGUGUUGGGGCAGAUGAGUCUCUGAAGGCCCAGAUUGACCAGUUGAUGGGAUUUUGGGAGAAGCAUCUGGAGCAGCAUGACAGGGAUGGCUUGAGGCCGAUUUCUCAAGUCAUGUAUGCGGCGGCUCUGAUCCCAGGAGCAUUCCGGAGAGGCUUCAUUGUUGGCAACGAGCCAUGA